AUUAUAUUAUAUUAUAAAUGAACAGCGAAUUCUUAGGAAUUAGUGGAACUAGCGACCCUAAAUCAGUCAAUCUUAAAAAUGUAAAUAGCUAUACUAAGAAGUUAAUGGCUAGCAAAGGUUUCGACCAUGGUGCCAAGAUGACAAAGAAAGCAAGAAAAGGAUUCCCAUACGAAGCUCUUGUUCAAGACUCUUUAUAUUUCGCAGCAUACAAGCAAUUGUAUGAUUGCGUUGAUAGGACUACUGAGGCUCACAAAAGCCUUACAAUCUCUGAUAUGGAGGAAGCUUGUGGAGAAGAAUGGAAGAGGCUCAGAGUUUUAGGCGUUUCCGGUGAACUCAGAUAUACUCACGUUAAUUCUCCAUACUUCCAAAGUCACUUAGAUGCAGAGAAAGGAUUUAGAUAAUCAUCGAAACAAUGGCAUAAUAACUAUUCAACUUUAUUGAA